AUGUCAACUCCCGGGCAUCACAACGACUCUUCCGGUGACGAACAUGAUAGCGAACUCGACGACCUCGAUGCUACCCUUCAACUCAUGCACUGCCUGCAAUCCGAGGGAACUGUUGCCGGCGUUGCGUUUCACAGUAGCCGCUCAGGAGAUACUAGCCCAGAGUUCAUGUCUCCUUUGGCGAUACCAGCUUCGUUCGUGAGUGACCAGCAUGGGAUCGUCGAUGUGGCUUUUGGAGCAGCUGCUAGCACAGCAGCAGCCUUUAAUUUCCAGACCGAAAUCGAAGCUAGUAGAGCCGCAAUUUUCAAUAUCCAGACCCAGCUCGAGUCCUUAGGUGGGGAAGGUGAAAGACGCCGUCCUCGGCUACCACCCGUCAGACCUCCCCGCCCACCGGCUGAAAUUCCGACCUGGGAGGAAAUAUUUGGAGGGCGCCACGAAGUAAUCGAACGAGAGCGGCGGGCUGCAGAGAUCGCCUCGCCCCGUCACUUGGACACAGAACCAGAUCCAACUACCUGGCCCACCAAUUGGGAUACGCACCAUGACUAUUUCCUCUGGUCUUGUCGCGGUUCCGUGGAAGUUAUUACCGACCAUCUCCAGGCGGUCUUUGCUUUUGACCCUCCGGUCGAAGAAACUUUCGUUGCCGCAAGAUUGGGCGGGAUCAAUGCAUACAAGCAGCUGACAUUUCUUCGCAAGUACCUUCCUGGCGAGACUCACUCCAUGCAACUCGCAGAGGCCCGUUGCGUGCUUUAUGAAGCCAACAUAUCCAACCCUGAUGUCCGUUGGGGGACCCAGAAACUUGAUGUCAAGCAAUCGAAUCCUGGAGAUUUUGAAUAUAUUGACCCUGCUCUGCCUUGUUGGGCGCCGCCUAACUGGAACCGUGCUGACGACGCAUUCGCAGCCAUGUACAUAGGCGACCACCCAAGUGUGUUUCAACGCGAAUACGGCUGGGUGUUUUCGGAUACCCCAGGCCUUGAGUUCAUCCGCAUCAGAAUGGCUCAAAUCCCGCACUUGAACCUCAGCUGGGGGGAGCUGAAUGCCGCGAAGCUUCAUCGACAGGUGCUCGUUAACAGCUUUCCUGGAAGCUACCCCGAUGAUGUCCCUGCACCGCUUCCUGCUUUUAUCUAA